AUGGCCCAGGAUCCACGACUGACGCAGCCUCAUCAUCCGACCGGCCAUGACAAGGACAGCGACGAUGUAGGCCAAGAGGCGCCUUCUCAACCAACCACGACCGAGUCGCCAUCCGCCCAGUCCACCGAGUUCAUCGAUCCAUUCAUUGAACAAAAGACUGCCGAUAUUUCCGAUGCAUGUAAAUCAAAAGACGCUGCUCGGCUGAGGGUCCUCGCCCAAACCAGGGCCGGCCUCGUCAGUGAUGAGCUUCGUCAGCAGGCCUGGCCAAUUCUCCUCGGUGUACCAUCUCACGAUGCGACUGACAGCAGCGUUGGUGAAAAGACCGACGCCUCUACGAAUGCCCUACUAUUCGGCGACUGGAAGGAGCUGCCGCCCCAUGCCGACGAAGAUCAAGUGAAGCUCGAUGUCGACCGGUCUUUUGUAUAUUACCCGCGCAGUACUCUACCGACCGGACCCCACCCAGCUGACAUCUGUCCUGUUAUAGACCAGUCUGACGCCGAUCUGGAUAAGCGGAAAUCGGAGCUUUCGGUCUUGAUCAUUGAAGUCCUCCGUCGAUACCCCUUCCUUUGCUACUUCCAAGGCUACCAUGACAUUUGUCAAGUCUUUGUUCUUGUGCUUCCCCGAGAAUUGCGCGCGUCGGCCGUUGCUCGCCUAUCGGUUCUACGUAUCCGCGACUUUAUGCUCCCCAACCUUGCCGCGACAACUGCGCAGCUACGUCUUCUCCCAGACAUAAUAGGCAGGGCUGACACCAGGCUCUGGCGUCAUUUGGUCGGAGUAGAGCCCUUCUAUGCGCUCUCCGGCACGCUGACAAUGUAUGCCCAUAACGUCGAGGCCUACCACGACAUAUCGCGCCUGUUCGAUGUCUUCCUCGCCCGUGAGCCCGUCUUCAGCAUCUAUAUGUUUGCCCAAAUAGUCAUCAGUCGCCGCGAAGAGAUAUUCGACAUUGACGACCCGGACAUCCUCCAUGUCAUCCUCUCCAAAGUGCCGCCUGGGGCGGACUUUGACAAGCUCAUUGAAGACUCGGUCAAGCUGUUUGACCGCCACCCUCCCGAGACCCUCCGGUCAUGGAAGUCAAUAUCCGACGCUAGUGCGCUCAAGACGAUGCGCCACAUCGACACGGACACGGACCAGACCUUGGAGGAGGGCAGCGAGCACUUUGAGCAACAGGUCAAUGAGCUCAAGUGGGCCGAGUUUCAGGAUAGGGUCCGGGCAACGCUCUGGGCUUACCGGAGACCGGCAACGACGUUUGGCACAGCCAUGGCGGUUGGUGCACUGGCGUUCUACCUCCGCCGCAACCCGGCAAUUGUCCACCACAUCACAAGUCUCUUUUCGCGGUGA